GGCCCAGGUCGGGCUCCGGAUGCACCCACUCUCAUAUCGCUGUAGCAACAACAACAACCGUGCACGAAUCAACAUCACCUUAAAGUAGGCUGCGAAGCCGACUUUUUUCUUCUUUCCUUUACCAUACUCCCAACCCACAAACCAUACCUCUUAUCAUCCAUUCUACCGCUCAUAACCUCAUCAAAUCACUACAACCUUACAAGUUUAACAACUACAUUGGUUAACAAGCGAAAAGAUACUAAUCAAUAACACAUAGAGCAAAGAAGAAAAUCAUACUUGUAAAUCCGAGCAUCUACAUAUUCGAGAGCCUGAUUUUAAUCACUCCAACAGAUUCCACCGCACACAUGGCUAGUCCGGCCGUGCUCACUCCUAUAAAGAACCGAAAUGGCAUCUUUUCCACCCGUACCGCUGGCGGUCGGAUGCCUCUCACCCCGUCACCUCGCACACCAAGCCGCCAAGUUCGCGAUGUAGAUGCACAAGAAGGUUCAAUUCACGGUAACAACAACCUGAUGUCACGAUUCCAACGCUCGGUUUCGAAGCAGACGCGCGACUCUCCCAAGUCAAACAUUGCUCGUCAGGCAAACUCACCGCGCCGGCUGGAAUUAGGGGUCUCCGAUUGGACAUUAACAGGCACAUCUGCUGCCACCUCGAAGCAAACACCAUCCAAGAAGAGAGAGGUUCUUGCUCGUGCUCGAAGUGGAAAGACAACCACCCGCAUUGCAUACAACGCUGCUGAUAGAUUCAUCCCUAACCGGACGGCGAGUGAGGCUAUCUGCAACGUUGGUACCGGAAAGCUGGAGACCGACCAGCAAUCGAGACCAAAAUCCAGUUCCAACGCUGAGGGUUCUUCAGUCCUCGCCAGCGCUGCUAGUGCUUUUGAUGUCGGACGUGGUGCUGAAGAAGCUGCUACACUGUCACUCGAGGGCCUCAGCCUGGGAGACGAUGAGGACGAGAAGUCGUAUGUCAAGCCCGGCCCAGAUACUGUGGCAUACCAGUCAUCGAUAGCCUCAGCCUGUGGUGUGAGCCUCAACACUCGCAUUCUGGCUUUCAAGCCAGCACCUCCAGAGUCUUCCAAGCCCAUCGACUUGCGAUCACAGUAUAACAGACCUCUCAAGCCUGCGGCUGGCGUAUCAGCCCAAUUUAGACGCCGAGUGGCAACUGCACCGGAGCGUGUACUUGAUGCACCAGGUCUUGUUGACGACUACUACCUCAAUCUUUUAGACUGGUCUUCGGGCAACCAAGUUGCCAUUGGCCUGGAGCGCAAUGUGUACGUCUGGUCGGCUGACUCUGGAUCUGUUGUUCCUCUUCUAGAAUGCAACGCUGAUACAUACAUCUCGUCCGUGAAAUGGAGCGGUGACGGUGCUUACGUUGGUGUCGGCCUCGGAUCGGGUGAAGUUCAGAUUUGGGAUGUCGAAGAAGGCACUAAAUUGAGAAGCAUGUACGGCCAUGACACACGCGUUGGUGUCAUGGGAUGGAACAAACACAUCCUUUCCACUGGUGCACGUUCAGGACUCGUCUACAAUCACGAUGUUCGCAUCGCCCAGCACAAGGUUGCUGAACUUGUGUCACACACCGGAGAGGUCUGUGGUCUCGAGUGGCGCUCGGACGGCUCCCAACUGGCUACUGGUGCCAACGACAACCUUGUCAGCAUUUGGGACGCUCGAUCGCUCUCUGCCCCCAAGUUCACCAAAACCAACCAUCGCGCGGCUGUCAAGGCUCUUGCAUGGUGCCCCUGGCAAUCAAACCUUCUGGCAACAGGAGGCGGUGCCCACGACCGACACAUUCACUUCUGGAACACGACUACUGGUGCUCGCACAAACUCUAUUGAUACUGGCUCGCAAGUUACCAGCCUAAGAUGGAGCACUGGAUACAAAGAAAUUGUCAGCAGCGGUGGCUUUCCCGAUAACAGCCUUAGCAUCUGGAGCUGGCCCAGUCUCGUCAAGAACGUCGAAAUUCCCGCCCACGAAAGCAGAGUCCUCCACUCAUGCCUGAGCCCAGACGGUCAGAUGCUUGCAACUGCGGCCGCAGAUGAGUCGCUCAAAUUCUGGAAGAUCUUUGAGAAGAAGCCUGGCGCCGCUACCACAUCCCGGGACGCUGGUGCAUCUUCAAAGGCCAGCAUGGUGAAGCAGAUGACCAUUCGGUAACAAGCUCUCCAUUGAGUACGGAUUUUGCGUUUCGGCGACAAGAGAGAUAAAACGAAGACGUCUUUGGAGACACGGUGGACGACAAGCUAACUAACGCACGCUGGAUGCAGCUGCAACUAACACUACUAACAACACAGGCACGCACAAGUGUUGUAGAACUAGUACUAUCGACACUAGCUGUCGGUAUGACUGGGUAUACUCAUCACAUGCAUGGGUCUACGGACGACAUCACAAACGUCAUUUCUUUUGAGGUCGGGCUGGAGUCUUCCCCGCGGAUUAGGGAGGUAUGGUCCUCUGGGUACGG